CUCUGAGCGAGGGAGGGACGCAGGCGGGGAGGAGGGAGGCUGGCUGCGCCACCCUCUUCAGUGACCAACAGCAGCAGCAAAACUUCUGAAGAUUUGGAGAAGAUAGUACAAAAACUACCAAGGAGGGCUACAGCAGUGUUGUAAUUUCUACUUAUUGAAAGUGACAAGUGUCAAUAUGUAUCAUUCCGUUCCUGGAACAAGCCAUCCUUUGCAAACUGAAGAGCAGGAAAUAGGCAUUGAUCCCUUGCAAAGUUAUGUGAACAAACCUGAAGAAGAUGUGUCAAAUGAGAAUGGAAGAAUGCAUCAUAUUUCGGAUUCUGAUGGAACAUUUCUUUCAUAUAGUAAAGAAUGGGAAGAAUUAUUUGUAAACAACAAUUACUUGGCAACAAUACGGCUGAAGGGGAUUAAUGGGCAGCUGAGAAGCAGCAGGUUCCGUAGUGUUUGUUGGAAGCUGUUUCUGAAUGUUCUACCCGCUGAUAGUAAUCAAUGGAUCAGUAAAACAGCAAAAUUAAGAACAUUGUAUAACAAAAUUAAAGAAAUACAUAUUACAAAUCCUCGGAAAGCUGGACAACAAGAUUUGAUGAUCAACAACCCUCUUUCACAGGAUGAAGGGAGUCUUUGGAACAAAUUUUUCCAGGACAAGGAACUUCGAAGUAUGAUUGAACAAGAUGUGACAAGAACGUUUCCUGAAAUGCAGUAUUUCCAAGAAGAGAAUGUGAGAAAGAUUCUUACAGAUGUUCUGUUCUGUUACGCUCGGGAAAAUGAGCAGCUACUUUAUAAACAGGGCAUGCACGAACUCUUAGCACCUAUUGUAUUUAUUCUGCAUUGUGACCACCAAGCAUUUCUGCAUGCAAGUGAAGCUGCACAACCAAGUGAAGAAAUGAAAGUUCUUCUGGACCCUGAAUACCUGGAGCACGAUGCCUAUGCAAUGUUCACCCACCUUAUGAAAACAGCAGAACACUGGUUUUCAACCUAUGAGCAUGACGGUCUAAAGGGAAAAGAUGCAAUGAUGACCCCUAUUCCAUUUGCAAGACCACAAGACUUGGGCCCGUCAAUUGCUAUUGUAACAAAAGUAAACCAGAUUCAAGAUCAUUUGCUAAAGAAGCACGAUACUGAACUUUACAUGCAUUUGAACAGGCUAGAGAUUGCUCCACAGAUUUAUGGACUGCGAUGGGUAAGGCUUCUAUUUGGACGAGAAUUUUCCCUCCAAGACCUUCUUGUUGUUUGGGAUGCUUUAUUUGCUGACAGCAUCACUCUUGAUUUAGUUGACUACAUUUUCUUAGCCAUGUUGCUAUAUAUCAGAGAUGCAUUGAUAUCAAGUAAUUAUCAGACGUGCUUGGGACUUCUGAUGCAUUAUCCACCUAUUGGUGAUGUCCACUCAUUGAUCAUGAGAGCUCUUUUUCUCAGAGAUCCAAAGAGUAAUCCAAGACCUGUGACUUACCAAUUCCAACAAAAUUUGGAUUACUACAAAGCACGUGGAGCUGACUUGAUGAAUAAAACUCGUGUCAGCGCCAAGGUUGCUCCACUGAACAUAAAUAAAGUUUCCAGUAGCUUACUAAAUCUUGGCCGAAAGCUGAUUUCCCCAGCUAUGACUUCAGGCGCUGCUGCUGGGACAGUUGUAGGUAGCAGUGGCACCUUUUCUUAUGCUGCACUGCCCAUUAGGAGCACUGUGGAGCUCCCGCAGCAGCAGCAGAGAAUGAUGAAAUCUGAAAGUGUGCCGGUUCAACUCAGCAAAGGAGAUGUAGUUACAGGCAGUGAUGCUCAAGUAUCGGUUCCUGUCCAGAAUCUAAGUACCCUCCAGGGGACAGUUGCUACAGCAACUCAUGGGCAGAGUUCAAAAAAUGUCAGCUCUUCUCCGAGCAUCGAAAGUUUGUCUGGAGGACGUGAAUACACAGGGUCUCCACCUUUGUCUGCCACCAAGAAAGAGUCCUUUUUCAGCACUAUUUCCCAUUCUCGCUCUCACAGCAGAAGUAUGAGCAAAAAAGAAUCUGAGGAAGAAUUGGAAGCUCAGAUUUCAUUUCUCCGAGGACAACUGAAUGAGUUGGAGGCCAUGUGCAAAUACUGCGCAAGGAUGAUGAAUAGUCAUCUGGGAAAUAUUCAAGAAGUCAUCCUGCAGGAACAUCUGGAGAAAGAAGAUGAAAUUCUGGUUUCUUUGGCUGGGUUGAAGCAGAUCAAAGAUAUUCUGAAAGGUUCCCUACGUUUCAAUCAGAGUCAGUUGGAAGCAGAGGAGAAUGAACAAAUCACAAUAGAAGACGAUCACUACUGCUCCAAUCAUCCAAGCAAGGAAGCGAGUGAAACCAUGGAAAACCCUUCAGGCACAAAGCAACUCAUCCCUCCAAAGAAACGGGCUGCUUCCGAUGCAAGCGAAAGCUCCAACAACAGGCCCACCGAUGACUAUAUCCUAGUUUCCAAAGAAGAGGAAGGAAAUGUUAGUACUGCUUCUGAGCAUGUGCAGACUGUGCCAGCCUGCAAGGAUGGGGCCACCAAGAGUGAGGCUCCGUGUCACUCUUCAUUAGCCUUUUCUGAUCCACUGAUGGGGUCCAUAUCCGCCUCUUCUAGUAAUCUCAGUUCCAGCCCCGAUGACGACAGCAGCAGCAACAGCAAGGAUUCUGACUUUACCAUUGUGAGCCCUUUGGAAAUUUAAAUAACACCCCCCCCCCUUAAAGCCAGUUCAUCAACAUAUGCAUCUGACACUCUGCAGGACUGGGGGGCUCAAGAUCCAUAAUGCCAAAAUAAUUAGGCAAUCCAUUUCAGUAAGAAACAUUAAAAAAAAACCAUCAAAUGUGUAAUAAUUGCCUUGAAGACAUGCACAUGUUGAUCUCAAGAUCUUAUGUAUAAGUAAAGGUACUCAUAGGUUUACUUUGUUAGCAACUUCUUGGAAUAUUGAAGUAGUAACUUAUAGUCCUUCAUCACAUAGAAUAACAUGCUACGCUUCAUUUCUUGGGUUCAGGUGAGCAUCCUGCACAAAUGUGGGGAAAACAAAUGAAUCUGGUGAUCAUUUCUGAUCCUGGCAGAUGAUUUGGUCUGGGCAGAAAGUAGGAUGCUCCUCCUAAAAUAUGGCAGCUAGAAAAUGAGCAAAGUACAAGAUUCACAGUUAAGUCCCGAUUGCCUUGCAGGUACUAAGACAGCAACUGACCUGCUGAACCAUUUCCUUGGGGAACCCUGCACCUCUCAACUAUGCUGAAUUUACAUAUGGAAGAAAACCACUAACUGCUAUUCAUACCAGGCAAAAUUAGGGCACUCUUGUAAAGUAAUACAAAUUAAGUGCAAAUUAGAUGCUUUGAAACCCUCCACUUUGGUCUCCAUCAAAUAUGAACUUCUUCCUUAACGUAGCUGGCUCGAACAAGUUUGCUUGUAUAGUGCUGUCUGGAAUGUAUUUUUAGAGCAGUUUCAGGACCUGUGCAAUCCCAUCAGGCCAAGAAACUGUGUUCUUUGAGGAUCAUAAUACUGCGAUUAGAAACAAUUCCCUUCCUUCCCCCCCCCCAUUUUUUUAAUAUACGAGAUCUGCUUCACCACACUAUUCCCACCAAGGGCAAUAAGAUUUCUAGUGCUUUUAAUCCCAGCGAUGUCAUCUUUCACUAAAGCGCAUGUUUCUCUGACUCUUGGAGUAGGCUAAAAAUAUUUCUGGAAGCAGCUUAUUCUCAUACCAUGAGAAGAGGAGAAACAAAGAUGAAUUCAUCUGUCAAUAUCCAGAAUGAAUGCACAGUAAAUACUACUAAUGGAGUAGUGCUAAUCUUUCUAGCUUUUAGAGUCUAUAUUUGAAGUAGUUCUUCCUCUGAGUCUCACCCUCACUGCCAGUGAAAGAAUAACCAGAUGGUAAUUUCAUGAAAGAGCUGAAAAUCUGGGCUACCACCUGGUUAGCACAACACAGGGGUCUCAUCGGGAGUUAUUUAACCCAUGAUGAACCACAGCCCAUGUGGGCACCAUUUUGAACAAGCAACCCUGGCUCGGGGCUUGUCAUGUCAUACACUCAUCAAGAAUUAUUUGGAAGUUCAGCUACCCUCACAUAGCCCUUGGUUUGUUUUAGGGUUAUACAAGGGCUGCUUAACUCUCAGAUUAUCCUUGGCGGCUGGGUUUGCAUGAUAUGACAAUACCCGCUCAGGUUUGCAUAACCAAAAUAUUAAAUAACACACAGUGAGCCAGUCGUUUUGUCAAAACAGAUUGAGACACAGGUCCCUUAUGAAUAGGCUCUCCCUUCUACAGGCAGCCAAUGAUAAAACUGUAUAUACAGCAUCUCCUUAGAUAGCACUAAUUUUACUGACCCAGGGGGAGAAUUUGGAUUUAUUGACCUAAGUCACUGACCCGCUGGGGAUCUUUCAUCUUAGCAUGGCGCUAGUAUUGAGCAAAUUAAAUUUUGAACAGCUUCCAACUUGCAGGUUGAACACAGUAACACUACAAGAGGAAAUGAGCGCUAUAACAAAAAUCACUUUGGUAUUCAGCUGUGCCUACCCAUGCAUUUUUGCUUGCCAAAUAUACCAUGACGAAAGCUUUCUCCAGAUCAAGUCAGGAGAGCGGGCAAUGGCUCGGUGAUGUCAGCCUCUAAAAAGACCUAAUUAGGUCUCUAAUCUGUUUUUCUGCUGCACUUGGAAAUGAAAAUCUCUUAGCCAUGAAAUGUGUAACACAUUAGGAAAGACAUUUUUACUAAGGAUGUUGCACCUCAUUUUCUCUAGGACCCUUGGUGGUAACAACAACAAAAGUUGCUAGUAUUAUCACAGCCUAUUACUCUGCCUCCAUUGUAGAAAGAUGCUGCUGAAGGAUAUUCUCAAAUCUUUAUUUCAAAGUAAAACACUCUGCUUGUACACUUUAUUUUUCCCAGACACACACAGUAUAACUAUAACCAUGCAAUGCAGCUGCAUGGUUAAUCUAGGGCAUGAAAAAUGUGAAUGAUGAUUAAUAGCAGUUGUAACUCACAUUAAGAAUACUUCUACCCAGUCAUCUGCAGUGUGAGUCAUGCGAAAUCAAAUUGCAACCUGACCCCAGAGCAUGAGAGAAUCUUGUUACAUAACAUAGAGCUCUUUGUAAAAUAAUUGUUCCAAAAUAUCGUGGGCAGAACAGGUGGAGAUUUUGGGGUUUAUGGGCAAUGAAAAAUCCACAGUUGUACUUUGCCCUGAACUGAAUGGAAUAUGUUUGUUGGGUAAGUUGACUCUCCCAGAAUUCACGUUUGCUAACAUUUUAAGAAUGUCCUGGGCUGCAGAAGUCCAAAAUAAGCAGAUAAUUGCUAUUGUAUGGUAGUAGGUUCACAUUGCUCUGAAGUAAUUCUUCAUGGGAAGAUGUCCCCUGUGCCUUGUAAAAGUGGAAGUAUUGCUGAGAGGUUGUGUAAAGAGCUUAACAAUAUAUACAAUUUGUGUAUGGAUCAGUCACGUGACUGUUGAUCUGGAUGAGCUACUUAGAACGUUCUGGGCGGAUGCAAUGCGUCUAUGCCAGCUUAAACCUAGUACUCCUUCUCACGUAAACUUCCACAGUAAACCACCUCAGGAUUCAGCCUUAUGGUCUGCGUGCAGGUUUAUUGCAUUUCCUUGAAUUUGUAAGGACAACAAGAGAGGAUUACACGGCUGGUGAUUAAUUUUGAUCCUAUAAACGUGGCUCACCUUACUCCUUUCUGCCUAGAUUCGUUGCUGUUAUGACACAAAGGAAAGUGCCAUUUGGAGUAAAGAGCUAUUUAAAAAUGGGAAACCGAGCAAGAGAGGCAAUAGGAAAAUGGCAGAUCAUCUUUCACAGGGUGGGGAUUAUUGAAUGUUUUAUAAUCUUUUAUGAUCAACUCUUGUUGUCUACUGAUUUCAGGGAUCUUUUUCUUUUCUUAUCAGAGCGGUCUUAGUGCCAUGAAACAAAGCAAUCUUGAAGUAAAAUUGAUUUUUUUUUAAAAAAAAAAUACCUUGCUAGGUUGUUUUUGUUUUUUACAUGUUUGCUUUAAUUCGUAUCUCUUUACUUCCUCAAUGCCUGUAAUUAUCUAUGAUUUCAGAGAAUAAAUGGUGCUUUACUGAUGGAGAAAGAUGAAACCUGAGUAACUCCAUUAAGGGAGUUAAACCUGGUAAUAUCAUGUCCCAGUGUAUCUCAAUGAUAUAUUGCAGUCUGCUUUUUGAUAAUGCUGGAAGUGUUUGGUUUUGUAUAUACAUCAAUCCAAAAAGAUUAGCUCAUAAUAAUCGCAUAUUGCCUUACGUUAGGUUUACUAGAGGGUACUUCCCACUUUAAAGUACCAGUUUAUUCUCUCCUCUAAAGAUAACCUGCUCAUAUUGUCCAUGGAUAAUGCUAAUCUGGUAGAAAAUAAUUUGCAGUAUAAAUCCAGAUUUGUACUAAUGUGUGGGACUCUAAAGCAUUUUUCAAACUGUUAGAGACGCAUCUGAUUUCCUUGCAUCUUUACCAUAUGACUAUUUUAAGUCUUUUGCAUGUAAUGUCAAUCACGUUACUGCAGAAUGGUGAUGAACAUAUAGUGACUGGAUGUUCAGUUUUAGCUGUGGAACUUUGUAUCUUUCCUCUAUAAGAAUGUCUGCAAACUUUAUUAAAGAAAUACCUAAUAUGCACAUA